CCUCCGGCUACAAAGAGGGAGGCGUCAGUCGGCUUCGCGCAGGCGAAGAAGGCGACUUCUUUUCUUGUUGUUUUUUUUUUUGUCGAAUAAAAAGUGCAACCGUCGAAGGAUUAUGGCUCAUUAAAAAGCUAUAAGACGUUGUAUAAGUCUCAGGGCAAAGAAAUGGACCGAGGUGGCUGUCAGAUGAAUGGCGGUGGUGACCGGAGCGGGCCCGAGCAACACGGGAUGAUCACGCUGGAGGACCUGGAGUCUUUCUCGGAGGAACAGCUGUCAGACUCGGGCAACGGUAGCCUCGAAGAAGAGGGAGAAACCAUGGAGGACGAGGAAAAUCAAGACCGACUGCUGCAUUACUGGCAGGACGUGGCGAGGGGACACCAAGUGGAAGUUGCUCAAGAUAUGGCCGAGCCCAUUCAACAGCUCACCUCCAACAACCAAGGACGCAGUCAGAGACAACUCAUCCCUUUCACUCUGCUCGGGCGCAAGGAGAAGUGUGGGGAGCUGCUGUAUGAGAAACGUCAAUACGAAAAGGGCCGCUGGGCUUGUAUAACAAUGCGUGAGGACACUUAUGAACAGAGCAUCUGCUAUGGUUUUAUGAGGAUAAUGAGAUACAUCUGCCAGCAGAACUCCUUAGGCGACUACCUGGGCAUGACGCUCCCCAUCGUCACAGUGGUGCGCACCAAUGAGACCCAUUCUGCGAUGUCCCAUGACGUCACUGUGGCUUAUUUCCUUCCUGAUUACCAUCAGGCCCAGCCCCCACAGCCUACUGACAACGAAAUCGUCAUAGAGAUCUGGCCUGCCACUACUGUAUACACAAGGCCCUUUACCGGCCCCACCAAUGAAGUGACCAUCAUUGAUCAGAUCAGCGCCAUGGCUGAGCUGCUGGACUCCCCGGGCGUGUGCGUCAACGACUCAUUCAUCGUGGCCGGCUACACCAACCCGGCUCACAGCAACCGGCAGAACGAGAUCUGGUUCCUCGAACGACCCUAAUGGACCAGAGGAUUAAGCAGCCUCCUAUCUUAUGACCCUUAAGCCUCAUUAAAGACUCCCUUAACACUGCCGCAGCUCAGCUACAGCCUCAGGUGCAACAUCCUUCUUUUAGUCACCACCUCUACCUGCAGUGACCACCACCAGCCCAUCACACUCCAGAUCAGUUUGGGCUUGGAAUAAUAAAAAAAACAAAUUCUGCCCUUAGCUUUACUCUCACUGAAUCUUCAUUCAUGCUCAUUAAAGACGUAUCCUCGUUUCACCCAUGAGAACUGAACUGACACGCUCUCACAGACACGACCAGAUGCUAAAGACAAGCAUAGCAUUCAUCUCCAUAAAAAAAAAAAAUCCCAACCCUUACCCACAUUGUCCUCUUGUUAUAAAAGUUGAAAUGUUUUAUCUCUCAGCGCUUUGUGAACAUAGUGACCUUUGAUUGGUGUCAGAAAAGUGCAACAAGCCUGUCUUGCCGCAGCAGGAGCAGGUGAACAUGCAGCCUUAUCUAUAUGCUCCCUUCUCUGUUAUGCUGCAGAGCUACAGUGUUUCUGUCUUGUGGGGUGAAAGUCAAUGCACAACAGAAAAAAAACCUAAAAAUCUCAGUUGUUCUUUUGCUUGCUGAGGUGAUUUCAUGUCAAUGUUGAUCCACUGUUUUCUUUCUAUCUGGAUUGCAUUAUUCACUAUUUGUUCAAAGUCUAUGUGAUCCAUGUGGCACUGCAUCAUUUCUUUGUUUCAACAAUAAGUGCAAUAUAUGCCAGACUACCCACAGUUGUCACAGUUCCUUGGCCUCUUACCUAACCCGAUCUUAAGGCAGUCAAGUGGCUGACAUGGUGGGUUAGGGAGGGGGGGGGGAUGUGCAGCGUGCAACACAAGCCAAUCAACCUGCAACAUCCAGAUGAAAUUGGUGGCUUUCCCCAUCAAUAAGCUGAACACAAUAGGUGACACUUAGGCUUUGUUCAGACGGAAAACAAAUCAGAUUUGUUGCUUUAAUUGGAUCGCAUGGACAGGCUGUCUACACUGGUGUUUUUUGUUUUUUUUUAACCGGUGAGAUAAGAUCCAGAUAUCACCAAACUAUCUCCAUGAGUUGCCAUGACAACGAGAUAGGCAUCAGCAGGGGCAUUCACUGGUGAAGUGCGUAUCCUUCUUCACGCCCUCCAGGUGAUUGCACUGUCAAAAUAUUUCAGAUACUACCUACAGAAGGACGUCACCCGGUCUGAGAGACGCUUUUAUCACGGAGUCUGAACAAAGCCUGAAUUUAGAAAAAACAAACACCUAUGAACACGACGUGUUCCCGGGUGUUUGUUCAUGAAUGUAGAGUUACAGGAGCAGGUAAUAACAGGCGCCACAUGUCUAUAAACCUACAUCUGGAAAAAAAAACUCCCUGAUUUUACUGCUGAAUGACAAUCAUGAAAAUAUGAUACUACACACAUCCUUUUGUGUAUGGAAGAAUAUAUUCCAAUCAAUGCAUUCCUCAUAUUUCCAGUCAGUUCACACACACAGGAAUAGUUACCUUUGUACCUCUUUUUCAUGGUCUUUCUACUCGUUACUGUGUCAAUGUUAGGUAGUAUGCAUUCACUCAUUCAUAUGCCACUGUUGCUGAGUAGAGGCGAUGCAUCCAAGAAAAGAUAAGAGCACAGAGAAUAUCUCUUUUGUGAUCAUACUCUCUUUUUUUUUUAAUAGAAGAAAGCUCAAUUCUGUUCUAGUUAAAUACAGUUUUUAAUGUUUUAUCACCAAUCUAAUGAGAGUCUAUUAAUUCAGAGUGAAAGAAGUAUGUUUGUGUAUGUCUUCACUAUAUUUUAAAAUAAAAAUUUCAGUCACCCCGGA